CGUCGGAAACUUAUAGUGGACGCACCAAGGAGAGGGUUGUUUACAAACAGAAAAAAAGUGUCGGAAAGAAACUGAAAGGGAUGCCGAACAUUAGGAAAUGUAUGUAUCAUUCAAUAUCAUCAUCGGCAUGGAGGCUGUGAAGAGUCGUCAACGAGGAUAGAUUAAAACUUGGUUUGUUUUUCCAGAGUGGGGGCAGUGAGAUAAAGCUGAGCAGGUGGAGUGUCCGAGUUGGUGGACACAGAGGUGUUGGCUGUGGGCAGUCAGCAGGACACAUGGCAGAGGAGAGCCACAAGCUGACACUGAGGCGCCUGGAGGCACCGAUCCACAAGUUUAUUAAAGUGGCUCUUCCCACGGACCUGGAGAGGCUGCAGAAACACCACAGUAACAUACUGAAGUACCAAAAGAACCAGCAAUGGGAUCGCCUUCAUCAGGAGCACAUCAAUGCCAGCAGAACUGUUCAGCAACUGAGAGCGAACAUCAGAGAGAUGGAGAAGCUGUGCACUCGGGUCCGGGCUGAAGAUGCUGCCUCUCUGGAAGCGCUCAUCAAGCCUGUCAGAGACAGGGCGUCAGCUGCUGCACAAGACUUCCUGCUUCUAAACUCUAACCCAGUACCCUGGCCCGUGCCAGCACCUGCAGCUCAGCCAUCCAGCUGUGUGUCCAGCAGUUGCAAUUCUGAUGAAGACAUUGGCGAGGAUCCGGUGUCUGGCCAGCAACUUCAGCUCCGCCUUCCAGAAAUCCCUUCAGAUCAGAGUGCAGCAGAGUCUUGGGACAACCUGGAAGAGGACCUGAAGCAGCUGAGUGGCUUAGUGACGGAGUUCUCUCUACUUGUCCAUUCCCAGCAGGAGAAGAUUGACAGCAUAGAGGACAACGUCAACACAGCCGCUGCCAACGUGGAGGAGGGGACCAGGAGCCUGGGGAAGGCGGUGGGCUACAAGUUGGCGGUGUUGCCGGUUGCCGGGGCACUGCUGGGCGGCGUAUUAGGAGGUCCUCUUGGCCUACUGGCUGGGUUCAAAGCUGCAGGGGUGGCUGCUGCUCUGGGAGGGGGAGCCUUGGGCUUUGCAGGAGGAAACCUGGUACAGAAACAACGCAAAGCCCGAGUGGAACUACAGAUGAAACAAUUGACGGCACCACCACCGGAAUCACCGACAGAAGCAGAGUCAAGCAAGGACAAAUGACCCGGCAGCUGUGGUCAGUUCUCUGACCUCCAGAGCUGAAAAACCACAAAGCAAAAAGUAGACCUGUUCACAUGCCUUAAAGACACUCAGUCAGAUGUUAACAAGUAGUAUCAACAGCCUUAUUCAUGAGUCACAAUCUUUGACGUUCAGAUGUGAAUGAUGUUCCUGUAAGGACAUGAAGCUCAUUUUAUACACGCGUUACUUUUUUUAUUGUGAACACACUGUAGCAGUUAGGAACACUACAGCUUUUAGUUUGAAGUGGCUAUGAGCACAUUACAUAUCUUAAAAGUAUCCUUUGCACCUAAGUUGAAUCUAUAUUUGGAGAGUUCAUUUGCAAAAACAGAUAACUCACUUUUAAAAAAUUUAAAAAAUGUUUCAAAAAACACACUUUUUCUAUUCCUAGCUUUAGCUAUCAGAUGUUACCAGAAACAAAAACCUGGUUUUGUUUUCCUCAAGCUUUUUUUCCCCAAAUAAUUAUUUUACAAGCUUUGUUUCCAGAAAUCACGCCUCAGUGUUCCUUAAUGCAGAAACUAAUAUUCCAAUGUGAACACACUCACACCUGAGACUACAGUAUAUUUAUUCAAUAAUGUAAAAAAAAAGUGCUCUGCUUAAAUAUUUGAAUAAAUUAUACUGUUUGUAUUGAGACCUGCUUUUGCAAACAAAGAGCAAAUAUUGCACAAAGAGGCGCCAAAGUGUAAAAACCUGCCAUGUGUUGAUUAUUACCCUGCUGCCAAUAAAUGUGUUUUUUCAACAUU